UCUCUUCCAAGGGUGGCUUCUCGCCGCCCAAGGGAGCACAGACUUCUCCCGAUCGGCGCCUGCGAGGGCAAGGAACUACCCCAAGAGUCACGACGCGCCACGGAAACCCGCCCUAGAUUACAGGCGCUCCAAGGAAAGGGCGGGGAAAGUAGACGAGGAGGGGGGAAAAGGGAGAUUCUUUGAACGAACUUCGAGGCGCUCUGUUGCUCCCAGCGCAGCUCGGAAAGGCAUGACUCGCCCUCUCUGGCAGGCAAAAAUGAAGACUCCUUUCUCUCAAUUCUGUCCCAACUCCUGCUGCACCUCUCCUGCCUCUCAGAAAGCUCAUCUUGUGGGAAAGGUGCAUUUCCAAAUGUGGACCUUGGUUCUUCUGGUAUUAUGUCUAUCUGGUGCUGUGGAUAUCCAGGUUCCCGAUGACCCUGUGGUUGCCCUCUUUGGUCGCGAUGCAACCUUGCACUGUUCCUUCUCACCAGAUGCCAACUUCAGCCUGUCUGACCUCAGCCUUAUCUGGCAGCUGACAGACACCAAGCGGCUCGUGCACAGCUUUGCAGCGGGGCAGGACCAGCUCGAGAGCCAAGGCACUGGCUAUGCCAACCGCACAGCUCUGUUCUACGACCAGCUGCCCCAGGGCAAUGUAUCCCUGCUGCUGCGUCGUGUACGGAUCUCCGACGAAGGGAGCUUCACCUGCUUCAUCCGAGUCCAGGACUACAACAGCGCUGCUGUGAUGCUGCAGGUGGCAGCUUUCUACUCCCAACCCAACUUGAAUCUGGAACCCAACAGGAAUUUGAAACCAGGAGACUUGGUGACGGUCACUUGCCACACCUUUUCUGGUUAUCCUGAAGCUACAGUGUUUUGGCAGGACGGCCAAGGAAACAACAUCACAGAGAACAUCACCACCUCCCAGGUGGCCAAUGAAGAGGGCCUCUUUGAUGUGCAAAGCAUCCUCCGGGUCAUGCUCGAACCCAACAGUACCUAUAGCUGCUUGGUGAAGAAUUCUGUACUGAAACAGGAAACGCACGCCUCCGUCACCAUCACGGGCCAGCACCUCAUGUUCCCCACUGUGGCUCUCUGGGUAACUGUGGGAUUGGCCAUCUGUCUCGUCAUGCUGUUGGUGGCCUUGGCAUACGUGUGUCAGAAGAAAAUCCGCCAGAGUUGCAAAGAAGCGAAAGAAAAUGCAGGGAUAGAGGAACAGGAGGAAGGAGAAGGAUCCAAGACAGCUUUACAGCCUCUCAAGAGUGUGGACAUCAAAGAAGGUAAAUGGAGUUUUGGUGGCGACAUUGGAGAAGAAAUUGAGUGACAGGAGUGGAAGGAGAAGCAGCUGCACCACCAUAGGGCUUGCAUAGGCCCUCUGUGUGCUGUGGGAUCCUCCUCUAGCCAUGGACUGUAGAAAACAUGGAAGUGAUGGGCCCAGAAUCCUCACACGAGCUUGCAGAGUGGUUAUCUGGCCAUCACUUUCCCCCCGCUUUGUUCUUCUUCAUACAAAUACACGGAAUGGACCUGGCUCUCUCCCUUUUCAGGAUCUCACCCUACUUUUAGAGGCCAGCUGCAGGGGUGGUCUUUAUGACACCUCACCACAAGGUUGCCAUCGCUUGGGGAAACUUUCAGCCGUCACCCCAAGCCCUCAAGCCUCUCAGGGUAGCUGUGUUCUCUGGGCACAACAAGCCCUGCUAGCCUCAUGUGGGAAUUGACAGUAGAUGAUGACACCCAGCAUGAACAACCACCAAGGAUUCAUUCUUGUUUGAAAUCAAUAUGACGCUUUGCUCCUUUACAAAGAACUGCAAGAUAAGCACAUCUUCCAUCCAGUAACAGUUAUACCCCAACUGACCUUAACUGUCACAGACUCUCCCGCCCAAUCUGCAUAUGGAAUCCCUACUGUCCAAUCACCAGUGCUUUUGCUGCUCCUACCCUAUUUCUUACGAAACCUCCAAUAUAACUUUAUAUCUUACUAGAAGCAUAAACACAAGCAAAUAUCCCAAAACAUCUUGCAGAUCUGUUCCAUGAAUGGGACUUCUUGGUUCAAGACUAAUCCUUUUAUGACCUCAUAUCUAAACUCCUCAUUGUUUCCAUUCACUAUUCCUUAGCUCCUGUACCUGAUUCCCAUCUGUCUCAGAGCAAUAUUUCUUGCAGUAUCUUCUCGACCCACAGGAUGUUCUCAACUUAGCUCCUGCAGACUCUCCAUCCUAGCUUUCUCCCAUUUAUCUAGACCCUGACCCCCUCGCUGGAAACUUGUCAAACCCUGUCCUCAUGAGGGAUUGUCUCUCAAACACUUUUUCUUUCAGUUACCAGACCAAGCUGAGCAUCUGCUCCAGCAUAUCUUUCCUCCACAAAACAGGCACAUCUAGCUCCUGAUUGAUUGCCCCCUCAUAAAAAUCCUCCCCCACCCUCUUUAGGAAGACACACUACUGGUACUUCAAAUGAUGAUCCCUUUUAAUCCAUUAAUCCACAUUGUUUUUUCUGCAACCCUGUCCUUAUCUUCCUCAUAUUGAACAGCACCCCCACUGAGGCAUGCUAUCAUAUACUUCUGCCAAGUCUUCCUUGAGCAAGCUGGGAAUAAAUAUAUUUUUCUACAGCUAGACCCCUCUUCUCUGCUGCUCUUUUGAAGUUGGAAGAAAACACCUGGGGGUCAUCUCUAGAAGCAAAAGGAGUAAAAUCUUUGCUGGCUGCUGCAUCUUUAAUCACAACAUCUCCCUUUCAUGUUUCAUCCACUCUUCCUCUAACUUGCAUAGUAGUUUCAUCCAUUCUUCUGCCAGCUGGCGCUGUGUUUCCCUGUCCUAACUCCAUUCUCACCCUCUUUUCUUCUAGGCCACGCUGCCUUGCCCUUUCACAAUGUUCUUCUAUCAACCAGUUCUUUGGUCUUGUCUGGUGACAUCCCACAGGUGCACUGAGCUCCUUCCCCAUCACGGCCUCUUGCAAUUCCUGUCUCAGUCCUCUGUCAUCUAGGCCUUCACUUGGUAGUCCUAAGGCCUGACACAAUCCAAUAAGCUCAGUCUUAUUCACCUGUGCUAGCCUUGCUACCAUGAUUCUGCAGAAGCCCCUCAAACUAAAAUCCUUCGACUUCAGUUGACCAAGUUCAUUAAUAUAUCAAAUCCUCCAGCAAAUUUCUCUGUCAAUUACAUUGAUUCCCACCACAAGUGACGCCUUUUUUGGAAACAUUUAUAGCUGCCAAUUCAGAGCUGGUAAUUCCGCCACUGCCAUCGCUUGGGAAACUUUCAACCCUCACCCCAAGUCCUCAAGCAUCUCAGGGUAGCUGUGUUUUCUGGGCACAACAAUCCCUCCUAUCCUCAUGUGGGAAUUGACGGUAAAUGAUGACACCCAGCAUGAACAACCACCAAGGAUUCAUUCUUGUUUGAAAUCCAAUAUGAUGCUUUGCUCCUUUACAAAGAACUGCAAGAAAGCACAUCUUCCAUCCAGUAACAGUUAUACCCCAGCUGACCUUAACUGUCACAGACUCUCCCACCCAAUCUGCAUAUGGAAUCCCUACUGUCCAAUCACCACAGUGCUUUUGCUGCUACUACAACAUUGAGGCUGCUCUGACGAUCACUAGAAAUCAGGCUAAGGAGCCCUGCCCGGUUUCUAGUGAUCGUUAGAACCAGUGAUCGGCUAGCCCACCUAGGAACCCCUCCUCUUAAACGAGCUUAGAGGAGCAUUCGCUCUGUUAAUUGUGUUUUUGCAGUCAUGAGAUGCCGCAGUGCGGCUUCACACCGUGAUAACUCUCAAGGAGUCCCCUGCCGGGAGGCUCCAACAAGCCUCCCAGCCUUGGGGAUCUCUCCAGGAUGACCCGUACACCUGGGACUUCCGGGGACUGGCUGGCCCUGAUCCCCACCACCCCUGCUGCCUCUAUGACAGAGCCAGCGAUCGUGUGGAUGGCCAAUCCGGCCACCCAAGAACAGCUCCCUGCCCAUGUGUAGGUAGAGCGGGCUAAGCCUGCUCUCCCUGCACAAACCCUAACUAAUCGUGUGCAGUGCCUCACUCUGUAAGAAAUCGCCAAUAUCACUUUAUACCUGACCACAAGCAUACAUACAAGCACAUAUUUUCCAAAUGAAAUUCUGAAAUAAGAGAAGCCCUCAUUUUGUCAGUGUUUCCAUGAGGCAGCAGAUGAUUGGGGCACCCACGGGACAGCAAGAUGCCCCUCGUUGCCACCAUCGGAGCAGCUGCUUGGGACCUCUCUGACCUACUCGAGCUUUGCAAGGAGCCUUUUUCACACAAGAGAAGAGGAAGCUGGUGGUGGCAGCCUUCCCUCUUCCCAUGCCACUUUCAAAGCUUGCAAGGGUCCGUUUUGAAAGAAAUCUGGCCCCCACCAGAGGCACGGGGCAAGGCAGUUUUUGACACUUUGCCCAUGGCGCAACCGUUCCUUGGACCGGAUCAUAGCUUUGUCUCCAUACUGGUAAUUUCCCCCCAGACAUUCUGCUGUGCUGGCAAGUUCAUCACUGUUGGACAUGUUAACCAAGAACAUGUGGACUGCCCCCUGCCAAAUUUGGAGCCCUUUGGACAUCACAUGUCCCAUCAACCAUGGGAAAGAGCAUGGACCAACUCGGGACUCUUCCUGGUAUACUAACAAAGGAAACGCCUGUACUUGGAGCUGUUUUGAGGUUCCAUUCUCUGCUACAGAUUGUGUGUAGGAUUACUUUGUGUAAUGAUGCCCAGUGUUAAACCCUUGCUAAUCCAGGGUUGUGUGUUCCUUCUGCAAGGGCACCGUCUUUUGCCUUAUGGGUGGCUUUAUUUAGCUGUGAGUGCAGCCAAGAGACAAUUUUGAUCAAAUAAGAUAUGCAAUCACUUUUAUUCUCUCCAGGGGGAAACUCUUAUGUGGGGUUAGAUCCCGUGAAUGAUACGGCACAAACCAUGCACUAGGAUUAGUGAGCAAUCCUUCCUCUCCCUUUUCCUCAUUUUCAUUUUGCAGUUAGCAUACAUAGUGUAGGCUUCAAGGACGCUUCAAGGACAGAAUGUGUGGCUUUGUCUUGUGGCUGUGAGUAAGAUCUAGCUCAAGCUUAAACCUUGAUUCUGUGCAACAGGGAAAUUCUAAAACAGGGAUGUUUCCUAUUCAUUAAUGUUUUCUAUUGCUGGAAAGGAUGCGGUAUGGUGAGGUGUCUGAAGGUGCUUCAUGUCCUGGGAUCAGACCCAAAAUCCCAGGGUGGAAACUAAGGAUAUUGCAAGGGAAGAAAGAGAUGCUAAAAAAAAUAUUUAAAAUUAGAUUAGAACAUUGGAGGGCUAUAGCUUAGUGGCAGAGCACACACUUUACAUAGGGAAGAUCUCAGAUUCAGAUCCUGACACAGUUAAAAGGAUUUCAGGAAAUAGACUGGACGGGGUGGGAAUUUUAUUCAAAUGAAGGAUGCCCCUUCCAGUCCAAGAUGUCUGAGGAGUGUGCUCAACAGGUUGCAAAAACUCUGCUUUCUGGUUUAGACUGAUGGCGGAAAUCUGUGGAGCUGUGUAGAAUAUUCUUCUGCUCAGAUUUCCUGGAGUCCCUGGCAGUGUUCCCUCUAAUAGAGAUUCCCAGAUGUUGACUACAACUCCCAGAAUCCCCAGCAGCAAUGGCUUUUGCUUGGGGAUUCUGGGAGUUGUAGUCAACAAUAUCUGGGAAUUCCUCUUAGAGGGAACACGGGGUCCUGGGGCAAAACCCUGCUGUGGUCCCUCUUUGGUGCUUCCCUCUCAGGGUCCCCUGGGAGGCGGCAGUGAGGCAGCAGGUGAGCAGCUCCUACCUUCAUGCUUAGUGGGUGGGAUGUGGCUGGCAGCGACUCUUCCUUUUCCUCUUCCUCUUCCCUAAUUUGUGGAGGGGGGCAAAGCCAUCUUGCCUCUUUGCGUUGUUGCACAGGACUCUAUGAGGAAAUCUAGAUAUAAAGGGGACGGGAUAGUGGUGCCAGGGACGACUCAUUCAGGAGGUGAGGUGAGGCAGUCGCCUCAGGUGGCAGAUGACUGGGAUCAUCAGAGGCACUCUGCUGUCAAAGCUGCCUUUUGGGGCCAAUCUGACCCUUGCAGACUUUGCAAGGAGAGCCUCUUCUCACACUCCUUGCAAAGCUUCCAAAAAGCACAAGGAGAGAAGAGGAGGUUACACAGGGAGGAACCAUCCUUCCUCCCUGUCCCCCUCACCACUUUCACAGCUUGAAAGGGUUGGUUCUGAAAGGAAGCUGGGUCCCUCCAAGGGCAUGGGACAAGGUCACAUUUGGUGUUUUGUCUCAGGCACUACAGUACUUUGCUCCACUCCUGAGUGGCACCACGGGUGUCUUUUGCCACUACUGCCUUCUUCCACCUGCCACUACUGCCUUCUUCCACCCACAAAUGGUAGCAUGCCAAAGAAACUUGUGAUGCUGUCACCUCUUCUCAGCACCCCUCCUGUAUGGCCUUUGGGAAUCUUGGCCAAGGACCUUCCAACCAUCAUCUCAAAGCAAAAGGCUGUAUAUACACCACUAUAGCCAUCUUUCUCUGUCAAAAUUGUAUCUACCCAUACCUGUCAUUUAACCCCUGAGGUUGGUAGAACCAAUUUUGGUUUGUUAUUUCUCUAUGUAAACCGUCCUGAGCCAUUUUUGGAAGGGCAGUAGAGAAAUCGAAUAAUUAAUGAUGAUGAUAAUAAUAAUAAUUGUAUCAACAGGAGCAAUGAGAAAACAUUCUGCCUUUUCUUUAACCCUGUACUGAAUAUGUGCCACCGGUUAUUGUGCUUAUUGUUAGAGCCAUGUAAAUCUGCUGGUUAGAUUUUCAUAGUGCAGUAAGGGACAUACCUGCGGUUCGUACUAAGGGGCAGAUAUGUGAGUGGUUUUCCUCACUUGGUUUCUUUUCUGUAUGCAGCCAAAUGGUACCCAGGUUUAGAAUUACGUGUUAGAAAAUCUUAUGUUUUGUAUGAUCAAUGCACAUUUAUAUAGAUCCAGUUUAAUGCCAGGGAAAAGUCAUUUGCUCUACCUCCUCACACGGCUGGCAGUGGGGUAAGAGAUCUGGGCAUCAGUUUCAGAGUAGAAUCAGUAUGUGGAAUAGUUGGAACAAGAACUGAGAACCAUGGGGUUCAAGCUUGACCAAGGUUCAGCCAUGUGGUACAACUUGAAGCAUGUCUUGGGGAGGGCCGCAAAAAAGUAGGGAGGCCAGGUUUUACCACCUAGGUUACUAUCCACUACAUUACAAUAUAGCAGUUUCAAACUUUUUGUAAAAACUGGGGGGGGGGGGGAAGGAGAGAAAAUUAAGGGGGAGUUGGUCCACCCAAGCCCCCCUGCUCCCAGCUACAGGUCUGAUUCAACUGAGGUGUGUACUGCUAGAUAUCUCAACCAGAAUUUCUCUGCAUUCUAUGUCUAGAGACCCAUAUCUCUUCAGAAUUUUCAAAAAUAGGGCUAGAGCAUGCUGGAUUUUUAAAUAUAUAUGUCAAGUUGAACAUUUUGCUAUUUAAAUUUCAUACCUUGAAGUGCUUUGUACCUUUGGAGAUCUAAUAAAUAUUCUGGGGUCUUUGGAGACUGUUUCUUAUGGUGGUGGUGAGGAGAUUAAAAUUUCUGCAAAUGUUGAA